GACAGCUAGACAGGAAGACAGAUCCAGAUCGAUGAGACCGAGGUAUAGAACCGCCAUCGAACUCCUCGGAAGCAGAGAUUGUUUAGUGCUUGAUUUCUUUCCACCUUUAAGCUUCUUUGCGCACACUGAUCCCCCUGCUCUCCAAACCAAGAAGAUGCCCAAAUCCUCUCCGCGCGUAUUCCCAUGGCCCUCCCUGUGGCUGGCAUCGUUGCUUAUUUUGAUGGUGCAGUCGGUGCUCUCGUCCUCUACGUAUCAGAGACCUGCAGUCGCUGGGAAGCGCCAAGGCUUCUUGGAGAGGACGCUGGUUCUCCUGGAUGUCAACACCCGCAGUUCAAUCAGAGUCCUCAACGAAAACUUCCUCUCUCUCCAACUGGACCCCUCGAUCAUCAGAGACGGAUGGCUGGACUUUCUGAGCUCCAAGCGGCUCGUGACCCUGGCGCGAGGCCUGUCGCCCGCGUUUCUGCGCUUUGGUGGAAAGCGAACAGACUUCCUGCAGUUCAACAACCAGAAGAACCUCGCCAAGUUCAGAGGGCCGGGACCAGACUACUAUCUGAAAAACUACGAGGACGAUAUUGUGCGCAGUGACAUUGCACUGGACAAGCAGAAGGGCUGCAAACUGGCCAGCCAUCCUGAUAUAAUGCUGGAGCUGCAGAGGGAGAAGGCAGCCACCACCCAGCUUGUUCUGCUAAAAGAGCAGCUGUCUAACAUCUACAGCAACAUUACAAUAACAGCCAGGUCUUUAGACAAACUGUACAACUUUGCCGACUGUGCUGGCCUGCACCUGAUCCUGGGGCUCAACGCACUACACAGAAAUCCAGACAACUCCUGGAACACCUCCUCCACCCUCAGCCUCCUGAAGUACAGCGCUGGGAAGAAAUACAACAUCUCCUGGGAGCUGGGCAAUGAGCCCAAUGCGUACCGCAGCAUGGUGGGUCGUGCGGUCAACAGCACCCAGUUGGCUCAGGACUACACCAAACUACGUACCCUGCUGCAGUCUGUGCGCUUCUACCACCGAGCUCACCUCUUUGGCCCCAACGCAGGACGACCCCGGAAGAACGCCAUUCUGCUGCUGGAUGGGUUCAUGAAGAAUGCUGGCUCUGUUGUAGAUGCAGUUACGUGGCAACAUUAUUACAUGGAUGGCAGAAUAAACAAAGCAGAGGACUUCCUAAAAACUCGACUUUUGGACACACUUGCAGAGCAGAUCAGUAAAGUGACCAAGGUUGUGAACACACAUACUCCGGGUAAGAAGGUGUGGCUUGGUGGACUUGGGCCAGCAUGGGCAAGCGGCAUCAGCAAUCUCUCUGACACGUAUGCUGCUGGCUUUCUGUGGAUGAACACACUGGGUAUGGCUGCACUGAAUGGCAUUGAUGUUGUGUUGCGUCACUCAUUCUUUGACUAUGGAUACACACAUCUUGUGGACCAGAAUUUUAACCCUCUACCUGAUUACUGGUUUUCUCUGGUGUUUAGACGUCUGGUUGGUCCCAAGGUUCUAGCUGUGCGAGUGGCUGGACUGCAGAGGAAGCCGCAACCAGGACGAGUCAUACGAGACAAACUACGUAUCUAUGCCCACUGUACCAGCUAUCAAAAUCAUAACUAUGUCAGAGGAUCCAUAACGAUCUACAUCAUCAACCUGCAUCGAUCGAGGAAGAAAAUCAAAUUGGCUGGAACGUUACGGAACAAGACUGUCCAUCAGUACCUACUGCAGCCCUAUGGCAAUGAUGGACUGCGAGCCAAACAUGUCCAGUUGAAUGGGGAAAAGCUGGUCAUGAUGAACAAUGAGACAUUCCCAGAGCUGAAGCCCAAGACAUUGAGGGCGGGACGAACAAUAGCUAUGCCUCCCAUGACUAUAGGUUUUUAUGUUAUCAAAAAUAUUAAUGCUUACGCCUGUCGGAGAUAACAUUGAUCCUUUAUCCCCAUGAAGUAUCAUCUGAUACCACACCACCAACACCUGUUUUACUCAGAUUUUAAAGACUAGAAUACCACUUUGUGAGAAGUUUUACAAAAUGCUCAAGUACUCUUACAGACAAAACAAUUCUCUGGAUAACAAGCUUCCAUCCGCACUGAUAUAUAUUUAAAUGAUCAAGCAGAUUAAAAAAAUAAACCCAGGCUUUCUAAGUCAAGACACACACGCACUGAAAACUUCCAGUUGCUUUUUACCAGCAGUUCCUCAAAUGCUACAAGACUGCAGUUGCAGAAAUAAAAAAAAAACCACAAAUUUUUUAACCUUGUGUUAGAGAGUUUAGACUUUUGAAAUUUUAUUUACAGCCUCUAUUUCUAAUCUUUGACCUACAGAAUGAGGAGAUUUACACAAAUCACUUUCAGUAUGACUUGAUCCUUUUCACAGAGAGAAAACAUACCAUGGUGUGUUUCUUCUUGACCCCAUGCUGUCUGUGUAUGUUUGUGUAUGCAUGUGUUUUAUUGAUAAAGCUACUGAUGUGUCUGUUGAGGGUGCCGCUCAAACCACACUUUGUUUUCCUCUGCCAUAUCAAAUGGCUGAAAAUUGCAAAUCUCUUUUUUCCCCUCAUUCUUUUUUGUGUGCAUGCUUUGAGGAUCUUUGUGCGCACUUCAGUUUAACUGCAGGAUAUGAUAGACAGGAUGUGUCACUAGCUGUUUUGAUGUGAUGCACAGAUAGAUAAUGUGAACCCAUCAUUCACAUCACCUGGAUCCACAGCUAAAUCAGACUAUAGAUUAAAAAAAAAAAUCAAAUACAGAUUUUUUUCAGGUACAUUUUAGCACUUCUUACUCUUUUCUUUUCUUGAUCUUUUGUUUUUAAUCCUUUAAUGCUGCUAGGU